CACAAUUUCUAGUCACAGAUACAAAUUUACAAGGUCUUAACCAAUGCAUCUAUACAGCUUACAAUUGAAAAGAACUUCUUCCAACCUAAAAAGACCGGCACCCUGAAAGUAUGAUGAAUUCUCGAGUCCAAGCUUUAAUCCACGACGAAGGAGGUUUUAAGAGGGUUUUAUUAACUUUUGUUUCUCUGAGCGACUGAGCCCGCCAGCUCCCCUGUUUGCAGCAUCUCUCAUGAAUUCCGCCCUUCCAUUCGCUGAAUCCCGCAGCCCUUACCCCCCUCGAUAAACCGCCAAUCCACAGGCUUAAUUCUUAUCGCUAACUGUUCCAUCAGAAUUCGAUUUUCCCUUCCAAAUUCUAUUCCAAAAGCUCCGAAUCCCCACUCGAUCCCAACCCCCGUUCCCACGAAAGAUAUGUGGUUGAUCUUCGCCGCUAGAACUUCACUCCACUCCCGAAACCUAAUAAGAUCUUCCUAUCGCUGCAUCUCCAGCUUUAUUGGUCUCACUCGAGAGCCAUACCCAUGCAGUAAAAAAGCGAUAUUGGACCUCAAAUUCUCUCUCUCUAGCCAAAAAAAUCGUUUUUUGUUGUUUGCAUUGGAUGAUCUGAAGUGCCCGAUCGCAAAACCUCCCGGCUUCAUUAGGGGUCUUGCUAGUGUCGCCGAGGAAGUUGUUUCCACCGACGUUGACGAAGACGUCGAAGCCUGCGUAGAAUUGAAAACAAUCGAGAGUUCGGAAGAAAGUGCACGGAAAAAGCAGGCUGCUUUAAUGAGCGCGCGUAAGUUCCACAGGCUCCGUCGCAGACAGAUUAAGCUUGAAACGGAGGCUUGGGAGCAAGCUGCUAAGGAGUACAGGGAGCUAUUGGAGGAGAUGUGCAAGAAGAAGCUUGCCCCAAAUUUGCCUUAUGUGAAGUCCUUGUUCUUGGGUUGGUUUGAACCUCUGAGGGAUAAGAUUGCUGAGGAGCAAGAGCUGUGCAAGGAUGUACAUUGUCGCACACCUUAUGCUCCUUGUUUUAAUCUUCUUCCUGCAGAUAUGAUGGCGGUCAUCACAAUGCAUAAGAUGAUGGGUUUAAUGAUGACUGGAGAUGGAAGUGGGAGUAUUCUUGUUGUUACCGCUGCGUGUAAGAUUGGGGAGGCACUUGAACAGGAAGCUAAGAUCCAGAAACUUUUGGAGAAAACAAGAAAAAAGACUAAGAGGGAGAAGAAAAAGGAAGGCAUAGAAGAUGAUAACGUAACCAAAGAACAAGAAUAUCUGAGGAAGAAGGUUACAAAUUUGAUCAAAAGGCAAAAACUACCCUUAGUAAGGAAGAUAGCUAAGGAACAGGACAAUUCUAGGCCUUGGGGCCUGGAUCUUCAGGCCAAGGUGGGAAGUCGAUUGAUCCAAUUGUUGAUUGAGACGGCUUACAUACAACCUCCUGCCAGUCAGUCACCUGAUGGACAUACAGAUGUUCGUCCUGCAUUUCGACACUCACUUAGAAAUUUCAGAAGGGAGCAAAAGAAGUUAUGUAGAAGGUAUGGAGUUAUUGAAUGCGAUCCGUUAAUUUAUGAAGGGCUUGACAGAACUGCAAGACACAUGGUGAUGCCAUAUAUGCCAAUGCUGGUUCCUCCAGUAAUUUGGUCAGGUUAUGAUAAAGGCGCACAUCUGUUUUUGCCAUCUUACAUCAUGAGAACUCACGGAUGCAGGCAACAACGUGAAGCAUUUAAAAGGACUUCAAGAGAUCAGCUGCAACCAAUUUUUGAGGCCUUGAAUACACUUGGCAAUACCAAAUGGAGGAUCAACAAGGAAGUCCUUAACGUCGUUGACAGAAUAUGGUCUAGUGGAGGUCGCCUAGCUGAUUUGGUUGAUCGUGAAAAUAUCCCACUUCCAGACAAGCCUGAGACAGAAGAUGAGUCUGAAAUUAAAAAAUGGAAGUGGUUACUGCACUCGGCCAAAAAGAAGAAUACCGAAAUGCAUUCUCAACGGUGUGAUGUGGAACUUAAACUUUCUGUGGCUAGGAAGAUGAAAGAGGAGGAGGGCUUCUACUACCCUCAUAACCUUGACUUUAGAGGUCGUGCAUAUCCAAUGCACCCAUAUUUAAAUCACCUUGGCUCUGAUUUGUGUAGAGGAAUUCUCGAGUUUGCGGAGGGACGCCCUCUUGGAAUUUCAGGGUUGCGAUGGUUGAAGAUACAUCUCGCUAAUCUAUAUGCCGGUGGUGUGGACAAAUUGUCACUUGAUGGACGCAUAGCAUUCGCUGAAAAUCACUUGGAGGAUGUAUUUGACUCUGCAGAUAGACCACUUGAAGGUAGAAGGUGGUGGUUAGGAGCUGAAGAUCCCUUUCAGUGUCUGGCUGUUUGUAAACAUCUUGCUAAGGCAUUAAGAAAUCCAGCUCCAGGCUCUACAAUUUCACACUUACCUGUUCAUCAGGAUGGUUCCUGUAAUGGUCUUCAACAUUAUGCGGCUCUUGGAAGAGACAAGUUAGGGGCUACCUCGGUGAACUUGGUCAAUGGAGAAAAGCCUGCGGAUGUCUACUCUGAAAUAGCUGCUAGAGUGCUUGAAAUUAUGCUGAGAGAUUCAGAUAAAGACCCUGCUAUUGAUCCAAAUGCUUUUCAUGCCAGAAUACUUGUUGGCCAGGUGGAUAGAAAAAUGGUGAAGCAGACUGUUAUGACAUCAGUAUAUGGUGUUACCUAUAUCGGUGCACGUGAGCAAAUAAAGAGAAGGCUGAAAGAGAGGGGGCUUAUUAUAGAUGAUACUCAAUUAUUUCGAGCAUCUUGCUAUGCAGCUAGAAUCACAUUGACUGCACUGGGGGAGAUGUUUGAAGCUGCACGUGCUAUCAUGACCUGGCUUGGCGAUUGUGCAAAGUUGAUUGCUUCUGAAAAUCAGACAGUGAGAUGGACCACACCUCUUGGCUUGCCUGUUGUUCAACCUUACCGAAAAAUAGGCCGGCAUAUUAUCAAAACUUCACUUCAAGUCUUGAGCUUGCAGCAGGACACUGACAAGGUCAUGGUAAAGCGGCAGAGAACAGCUUUCCCCCCAAAUUUUGUUCAUUCACUUGAUGGAUCCCAUAUGAUGAUGACUGCAGUUGCCUGCAAGAAGGCAGGACUAAACUUUGCAGGAGUUCAUGAUUCAUAUUGGACGCAUGCUUGUGAUGUUGAUGAAAUGAAUAGAAUACUCCGGGAGAAGUUUGUCGAACUAUAUGAGACUCCCAUAUUAGAAAAUUUGCUGGCUAGCUUUCAACUUUCAUUUCCUUCUUUGAGCUUCCCAUUGCCAGAGCGAGGAGAUUUCAACAUUAAAGAUGUUCUGGAUUCAACAUACUUCUUCAACUGACCUGUCUUCAACCA